AUUUAUAGAUUCAUGUUCCGCGAGAACCGUGUCCCUUACUACCAGCGUCUGUUCCAGAACCACGACGGAAAGCGUCAAUGGUGGAAGACUGAGCGCAGUGGCUACCUCUUGUACCCCUACCUCCUCUCGGUUUACGGCUUGGGUGCCGCUACCACCUACGCCAUGGGCCGUAUGGUCUUCGGCUACAAGACCUGGUUCUAAACGAACUAGAUCAUUUCUCGCCCGAUCUAUUCUUGUUGCAUCAUACGACACAGCGUCUAUAGGAUUCCGUUGGCGGUGUAUUUCUAUUCCAAUGAUGGGUUAGACGGAGAGGAACACAAGAUGUUUGGACGCUGUAUAUAAGAUAAGCCAGGGCGCCAAUGAGAGAAUCCUUGCCUUGUUCAAAUUUCCGCGCAUUAAACCUUACAAGUGCCUAUUUUAUACAACCUGCUGUAUUCCGAAGUUCGCGCGGUAUACGUUGCUACAGCCCACUAUCUUGCCUCCAUGCAAUGGGGUUCAUGACGGAUUGAUAGGGCCUCCUAGCAGGGAAAUGUCUACUGC